AUGGCCAAAAUUGUUCACCGAAAUCAUACCUACCGAAUCUCCCUUCUCUAUCUUCUUUUUCUUCUACAAUUGUUCAUCGUCUCAUCGGAUCUUCAAGAUUUUAUCAAGAUCAAAGAUCCGAUAAAAGAAAUUAAAGAUCUGAUUAAAGAAAUUAAAGAUCUGAUUUCGGACUCCGAUAAUUCGUCAAUCAAAAGAGAUCCGAUCAUAAAAUUGAAGGAAAUACCGUAUGAUUUUGCAAGCUUAUUGUGGGAAGGAAAAUUUCCAUAUGGUCAAUGUCUUAAACUUAUUGAUGAUAACUUAUGCAACUGCAUGAGUCUGAAUCUUUUUCGAACACAAGAGAAUAAGUGCUUUGAUGAACUAAUAGAUAUGGAUCCAAUGAACAACAGUCAUUCAUUUUUAAAGCUUAUUCAGGAAGAUGACCAGAUAUUUUUGCAAAUACCUAAUGACUUUGCUUCAAUGAUUUGGGGAGACCAACCACCUUACAAAGAUUCAGUUAAGAUUGUUGAUGGCAACAAGUUAUGGUUUGUAAGACUGAAAAAAACUGAUGUUGGCCAUGUUCUUGCUGAUGGCUUCACCAAAGUUGUUCGGGAUAGUUGUAUAAGAAAAAAUAACUAUCUUAUGUUUCAGUCAUUUGGACAAUCAUCAUUCUUUCUAAUGGUGUUUAAAUCAUUUGUUCAUCAAUACUGCUUUAUAUCCAAAAUCACACCUGACAAAGACGUUAUUGUCAUGGCUGAUGAAUUUUGGAGGCAAUUUUAUGGGAAAAAUUUCAAAGAUGGUAAACGAUCUUGCCUUAGACAGCCGAUCUAUCUUUGUCUUUUCAAUGGUUGGAAAUAAAAUUUUCGAGCUUUCAGUCUUUAAUCAUCAAACCAGUACUCAGAUUCAGAACAACAAGG